AUGGGAAGAGGGAGAGUGGAAAUGAAGAGGAUAGAGAACAAAAUCAACAGACAAGUGACUUUCUCAAAAAGAAGAAAUGGUUUAUUGAAGAAAGCUUAUGAGCUAUCUGUUCUAUGCGAUGCUGAAGUUGCUCUUAUCAUAUUCUCUAGCCGUGGCAAGCUCUACGAGUUCGGUAGUGUUGGAUCAGUUGAAAGAACAAUCGAACGGUAUCAUCGUUGCUACAACUGUUCUCUGGGCAAUAAUAAGCCUCAAGAGUCUACACAGGCAAGUAUAUUGUAUAUCUUUAGCUGGUGUCAGGAGCUGACAAAGCUUAAAUCCAAAUACGAAUCUCUUGUUCGCACUAAUAGGCAUUUGCUCGGAGAAGAUCUUGGAGAAAUGAGUGUGAAGGAACUGCAAACGCUGGAGAGGCAGCUCGAAGCCGCUCUUACCGCGACUCGACAGCGCAAGGAGAGGCAACUCGGAGACAUAAAUAAACAACUCAAGAUUAAGUUUGAGACCGAAGGUCACGCUUUCAAAAUGUUUCAAGACUUGUGGCCAAACUCGUCAGCGGCAUCGGUGGGCGGUGAUCCUAACAAUCCCGAAUUUCCGGUUCAGUCUUCUCAUCAUGAUUCAAUGGAUUGCAACACCGAACCUUUUUUACAAAUAGGGUUCCAACAACGUUACUACGUACAAGGUGAAGGGUCUUCGGGAUCCAAGAGUAACGAGGCAUGUGGGACCAAUUUCGUCCAAGGUUGGGUACUUUGA